AUGUUUGCCAAUCUCGCUGCCCGCACAUCGCAGCAGUCGCAGGAGAAGCAGCAGGCCGCAGUAACCGCCGUGAUCAAGGCCGUCACCGAGGUUUUGCGCGAUGCCGGCGAUGAGUUCCUUCUCGCAGAAGAGAUCACGGCCGACUCCUUCCUCGCGCCAGGCGACAUGGACCUUCUCAAGCUGAGCCAGGCCCUCCAGUGCCACUUGGGGAAUGCCGUCCUCAAACGCGUGCUGCCAGAGGCGCUCGACGAGACGAAGGUGACCACGCCCCGGGCGCUGGCCGAGUACCUGCGGCUCCCAGAGGUAUCGUGUGCGCCUCGCGUGCCGUCGGCCGAGCAUGGGCGGCAGAUGCGCGAGCUCGUCGAGUUGAGAGCGAAGCUCGUCGACUUUGAGUCUUUCCUAGCGCGUGUGGACGCAUCUCUCCAGGCUUUGGGUGAGGGUGACGCCGACCGCGCCGAGCGAGAGAAGCUCCGCCCCUUCGGUCUGGACGCCCCGCUCGUCGCGACGCUCGACGACGCGUCGGUGCCAGAGGCGAGUCGCCUCAAGGCUGCGUGCGAGGCGGCCGACGCGCAGGGUCGUCUGAUGGUACUCGGCAUGGCGACCGAUGUACAGCAGUCGGCUAAAGAGCAUGCCAUCAAUCGCGGAUUGGUUGACGACAUCCUCUCCCGUUGGCGGACCGGCGCCGGCACCGCUGCGGGGAGCGGCGAGGCGUUAGCAGGCGAGUCAUCGGAGGGUGAGGCGUCGGAGGGCGAGGGUGAGGACGCCGUUCUAUUUUUUUCUAAUAUGUAA